AUGCUGGCCAGUUCUUCCUUUAAGCGUCUGGCUCUUUGCCAGUUUCCUCGACGAGUUGUGACUUCCAUCCGAUUCAACUCUACUUCAAAGUCCGGCUCUCAACCGAACUCCAAAUCACUCCCAGAAACAAGCUCCGCGCCUGAACCAGCAACAUCAUCAUCACAUACAGCAGCAUCCGCUACCUUCUACACACCCAAGGUUCCGCGCAAUACCAUGGCCGCGCAGCAGGCUCUGCGACGGUUCCCUGGAAUGCUUGAUACACCACCAACAAACUCGACUCCUCAGCAACACCCCGGAGCUCACGAAGAUUCCCCCGAAACUACUGCGGCUGCACCACUCCCACCAACACAGGGAUACUCGUAUGGCCAUGAUGUUCACUUUGGUGGACCCACCGAUCCCUACCUCGCAUCAACCGCUGCGAGCCAAGGAGGCCUACGGUAUCGUCCUUGCACUACCAUUUCCAAAAGUGAGAAGUAUGACUUGGCAAUAGCCAUUGAUCAGCUGUACCAGCAAGGUUUGCGUUCUGCCUCAAUUAUUCUUCCUGGAGAAGUCGCGCAUGUGUACUACCCAUAUGCACCGGGCCACCAUGCAGAUGUGCUCAUCAUCUCAAGUGGAUGUGUGGUGGCAUGGGGCAUGACAGAGUCUGAAGUUCAAGAAAAAAUUUUGCCCCUGCUUGCGCCGGCUGAGAUAGGGCCCUAUCCUGAGCCUGAGUCGGAGGACAUGGAUUAUAUUGAGGAAAAGCCUGUUGAGAAUAAGACCGAGACUAUUAAAGAGACUAAAAACCAUGAAGAAAAUGGCACUGAAAAGGAGGAUGAGCCUUUGCACAGCACCAUGGUUGGUGAUGUUAUUGUGAUUCGUGGUGUCACAUAUACCCAACGACUUUUGGCUAAAGCGGCUUUUUCAUCUGGAUUGGCGCGCAGUACCAAGUUGGCUAAUUUGGAAAACCUGCUUGACAAGCACAUCAAUACUACCAAGAAGUACAUUGACAAUCUUGCCAACGGUCGACGACUCGGUAUUCGUGGCAAAACUGUGUUGAUGCUUACCGGCAAGCUGUUAAGAAUCCGUGGUCAACUUAACUUGUACUCUGAAUUGAUUGAGACCCCAGACUUGUACUGGUCGGAACCCGAGCUAGAAUCUUUAUAUGUUCUUAUUUCUCGCAAGUUGGAUGUUGCUCCUCGUAUUGCCAUUCUUAACAAGAAGUUGGAUUAUGCAAGUGAGAGCUUGAGCACCCUCAAGUCUCAUAUUUCCGAGGAGCAGAGCGUGCGUCUUGAAUGGAUGAUUGUUAUUCUCAUUAUGGUCGAAGUAUGCUUUGAGACUUCCCACUUUGUGGAAAAGUACCAUGAAAAGCGCCGUGAACCUAAGGAAAUUAGAGCUGAUUAG